CCAAGUUGUUCUGGGUAUUUUUAAUAAACUCAUCAGAUUCUUACAUUUAAUACAUAAUAUUAUAAUUAUUUGCAAUAUCUGUACUACAAUUGGACCCUUUUCUAAAAAUCACUUGUCCUACAUGUGCAUCACUUAUAGACAAGAUGGAGAUCCAUGUCAGCUAAGUGUACUUACAAUUACCUUGAAAACUUAAAAAUUAAACAAAGCAGUUUCUUUCAUUUAUCCAGCAAACAUGAGUGUGUAUUGAACAUGGGAGUGAAGAAUAAGGCCAAAUCAUUCACAAAAUAAUUUAUAUUAUUGCACAAGUCAGAUACAUUUACUUUGUUCAAAAAUAAUAUCUUGGGAACAAUCUCAACAUUAUGAUAUAGAUACAGCCUACAAAAUUGCUUUUGUACACUUACAAUUUUAAAAUUAAAUUACUUGAGGAUAUGAUGAGUAGUUAUUUUCAGGAUGGUUAGGUGAAGGUACAAUUGAAACUUAGUUAGAUUUAUCCAUUACAAGAACCCAUGAAUCCAAGCACCCAAAUAAUCAUCAUAAAGGAUAUAUAAAUAUUUUAAACAUAUCAGCAAACUAGAGUUAAUCUUGUUUUAACUUCUUCAAUGACUACAUAAAAGAAUUUAUCACAGAAUAAUAUUUGUCUUAAAUCUUAGAUUAACAAGUUCAGUCUUGUACUGUAAUGAAAGGCACUAGAUACAAAAUUGGAAAUUAAUUAUAAUUCUUUAUUUAAACUGGCAAAUCUCGAUUUUAAUAAAAUUAAUAAUCUAAAGUGAAUGGUAAUCUUGUUUGACAGAAUGUAUGAAACACCGAAUUAAAAUUGCUUUCUCCCAGAUUAAGAGUAUUAGACUUAAAAAUUUAAUAAUUCAUUAAUCUUUAAACAAAAUUGUAACAACAUUUCUAUAUUUUAUCAUAAUUUCCCUCAUGGGUAACAAACCAUUCUUUAUUUACGUCUUAAUUUUUUAAUCAUUAUUAUAUGCAAAUCCAUGACAUUUGUACCAGUAUGCCCAAUUUUAAUCAUAUCUCUUGGUAAUGCAGAAAAAAAUGCGUAUGAAUUACUCCUUUCUAUGUAGGUCUUUGCAUCUAAACCUAUGGUAUUUGCAAUAUCUAUUUGCUCUAAAUAUCCGAACCCUCCAGCUGCAUCUGUCGGACCAUCAAUACCAUCAGUACCAGCUGCCAUCAAAACACAUGCCAUAUUAUCACAUUCUUCUUGAUUUGCCAACUCGUGAAUUUUCACAGAAAAUCGAAGGGCUAGUUCUUGACUUCUUCCACCCUUACUCCCACAUCUCUUAUGAACUACAACUGUCGGUUCACCACCACCAAUGAUACAAAGCCCUUUAAAAGCACCCUCACGGAAUUUGGGAACAAAACUUAAAAACAGUUCAACAACUUCAUCAGUAAAUCCAUAUUUUUCAACUGCUAAAUGCAGUACCUCUUCUAGAUCAGCAGAAUUACGUGUUUCCUGUGCCUUCCAAAAGGUUACACAAAGUGUACUGUACCAUUCACUUAAUUCUGCAACAGGACAAGAAAUUUUAUCUGAUAAUAAAAUAGGAAAGUAUCCUUUAUUCAUUGCAGCCUCUUUCGCAGCCAGAAGAGCUGUUAAAUUGUUUCCAAUUAAUACAUUGUAAACAUUGUUUUGAGGAAAAUCAAUGGUCUUCUGUUGUUUCUUCAAUUCCUGCACUAUAUUACUCUUAAUUUCAGUUUGAAGGUGAUAUUUUUCAAUAAUUUCAAGAGGUAAUACUGAGGGAUCUUCAUUCUUUACUGUAGGACCACUAGCAAUAAAAUCCAAUGGGUCUCCAAUGACAUCGGAGAGAAUGAAAGUAAUAACACGAGCCGGAUUUGCCCUGAUGGCAAGUUUACCACCCUUCAAGGUGCAGAGUUUUUUACGUACUGAGUUAACUUCAGUAAUCGUUGCUCCAUUACACUGAAGUUUAGAAACCAACUGUGCUGUAUCUUCAACUGUAAUACCUGGCACUGGUGCAGGGAGCAAAGCUGAGCCCCCUCCAGAUAUCAGAACCAUCAAAAUCAUGCCAUCUCCUAGAGAAUCUGCCAAACGGCCAAUUUCUCGGGCAGUACUCUCUGCUUUCUUAUCAGGUAAAUUUUUUGCUGCACCUUCUCUAAUUUGAAUGUUUCGUUUUUUAAUUUCUUCUACUCCAGGAGGAUUUUUGAUACCUUCUGGAACACUUAAAAUGCCUUCGACAAUGUGUUCACCGAAGACUUCAUUUACUUUUAAUGCCAUAUCCAAAACAGCUUUGCCAAAACCAACGACAUACACAUUUUUGUUAAACACGUAUUUUCGUCCUUUUAUGACGUAGUUUGUAUCAUCGCAUUUCUUAACGAUUCGAGACACUAACUUGCCUGGUUUUACAGCAGAAACGGCAUGUUGGUACAUUAAAAACAAUUCGUUUUUAAUCUCGCGUAUCGGGAAAGGGCUUUCAUCAGAAUCGCACAUUCUGCAUGAAUAGGAUAUCCACUUCGCAGGUAUGACACGUCUAGUUCCCGUUAGUAGUAUUCUGCUACCGACCAUUAAAAUGGAUUGUGAAAAUCCUGUAAGCAUCAUGUCAACUGAAAUUUGAUGGAAAAUCUACUAGAAGCUAGUAGAAAAUAAUUUAUUCACAAAAAAAGCAUUGAAUCAGAUGUUUAAAAUAGUAAAAUACGAAAGAUGCCUUUGACAGAGCAAAUACUAACCCUUGCCAAACUAACCAAAAGCCUUCCUCCUAGUAACCAGAAGUAGAACCCCUACACCUCUAUGAACCUCUGCAUGCUCUGCCCUUCACGGUUUGGUACUUUUGGUAGGUACUUCUGAUCACAACUGAUCGCACCGACCGCCUAUCGCACCACUCGCUACUUAACCUUCGUCCGGCAGAAAGUGGGAGGGGCCGUUGCUAUGGCUACGUACGACACGUAAACAUUGACAUGUGGUUAAGUUUUGGUUGAAGAGAAAUACCAAAAAGCUACAGCUCCCAAAAGACAAUUUCCCACAUUAACCAAUGAAUAAUGGCCAAAAGUGCUGUUACACGUUCACCACGCCAUGAAAUGCUCUAUGACAUUGGAAUGCCAACCAAUACAAGCACUUUAAAAGACAUUGCUGUUAAGCAAUGCAAUGAUAUUUAUGAUGGCCUUAUAAUACCAGCAAAUCAACCGAGAGAACAUACUGUAUUGUUUAUUGGUAGUAAAGGUGUUGGUAAAACAUCAUUAAUUACUCGUUUCUUGGAUCGAGAAGAAACGCCAAAAUCAACCUUGGCUUUAGAAUACACUUAUGGAAGAAAAUCAAGAAAGAGUUUGGUUAAAGACAUAUGUCACAUUUGGGAGUUAGGCGGUGGCUCUGUCUUAGUGCCUUUGUUGGAUGCUCCCCUUGCAUCUUUGACUUCUUUGCACAAUCUCAGUGUUGUAUUAAUGUUGGAUCUUAGUGCACCACACCACUUAUGGUUUACGUUAGAAACUCUUCUGAAGGCUGUACUUGCAUCAGUUCGUAAAAAUGCUGGAUCAGACAUGCAAAGCCUUCAAGAAGCAGCUUGGAACCUUGUAGGAAUGGAUCAUCCAGAUCGAGAGUUUCUAGAUCCUUUUCCCGUUCCAUUAGUCAUUUUGGGAGGAAAAUAUGAUAAAUUUCAGGACUUUGAUCCUGAAAAGAAAAAAGCUGUUUGCCGAAGUCUGCGUUAUGUGGCUCAUACUUUAGGUGCAUCUCUCCAGUUUUAUAGCUUAAAAGAGCCUGGUUUAAUUAAAAAAGCAAAGGAUCUCUUGAGUUAUCAUGGAUUUGGAACAUCUCCAAUAAAAAGUAUCUCACAAGAUUAUAAUAAACCUCUCAUAAUACCCCCUGGUUCUGAUUCUAUGCAACAAAUUGGUGGGCUAGGUUCUGUUGGAAUGCCUCCCCGUAAUCGAAAUGUUGCUCAAAAGGGUCCAGGUGCAGCAUUAGAACACUGGAAACAUACUUUUACUACUCAUUUUCCACAGGAAGCUUCAGAGAAAAAUGUAAUGCCAGAGGAUCCGUGUAAAGACCUGAAUUAUCUAGAACCUGUGAUUGAUGACCUGAGGAUGCAGAAAGAUGAAGAAUUGGAAUUGUAUUGCAGAGAAGUAGAACGAAGAUCAAAGUUUCGCUCUGAUCUAGACUUGGAUAUAUAAAUUUAAGAAACACAAUUUGCAAUAAAAUGAUGUUUGUGAGCUCAAGCUCUGUUUGGCACUAGUAUCGAAGUUAAUUGCAUCUUAAAAUGAAAAUAAAUAUUUUCUUAUAUUGACUAUACUUGCCUUAAAUUAUUAUAAUAGAAUAGAAUUAUGUUAUAAUAUGGAGUUUCGAGUGUUUGUUCUGGAUCAGUUUUGUGAUAGGCUUGAAAUAUAUAAGAAAUGGUAUUACAUUCUUCUCAAAUUAAGUUGGACAAUUAAUGUAUCAGUUACUGAAAGUUGAACAGAGAUUAGAUUUUUAAUUAUAUAAUUUUGUGAUAUACCUAGUGACCUGCAAGCAAUUGUAAGCUAAAGAUGUUAAUAAAUAUUAUUUCUAUAUUAGUCAACAUGUUUACAAAAGUAAUUGUACAAACAUGUUUUAUGUAAAUAUAGUAAAUAAAUUGAAUUCUUC